UCAGUUUCAGUCAGUCGCAGAGAGUCGUUAGUCCAGUGUGGUUCGAUUGCCGUUCACUUGCGGUGUCGCCGCCGGAUAGGGCUUUUUGCUCUUGUUUUUUUUCGUUCUGUUUGCAACAUAAAAAGGUUCGGAUGUUUUGCGCGUGUAUAUGUGUGGAUUUGAAUAGAUUGGCUGCUGUAGUAGGGCUGUUGGAUGAAAAAUCUUAAGUGCUCUGUGUGUGGAAGGAAGCUGAGACGACAAUCCUGCAGAAAGGAAUUGCAGUGUUUUGUUAUCCUUUUGGCAUUUGGCAUUCGAUGAAACGGCACUCCGUUGUACUCCUAGUUUAAAAAAAAAUUCUGUGCUGGGCUGUUUUUUUUAAAUAGUGAUCAAUGAUGAUGGGUUUGAAUGAGAUGUAGAAAAAAAAAUCAUAAUCGAUCCGUGGCCUGUGCUUGUGACGGGGAAGCAUAGAUGUGUUAUCAAAGUGGAUACCUUUUAUAAGUGAAGAGUAAUGUUUUUGCGUUCUGAAAGAACGUUUCCGGUAAUUAUCGUGCUUCGAAGGUGGUAACUAAGCCGGAUUGAAGCACAUUAGGAUUGAUGUUAUGUGAUAAUUCUUGCCUACAAGUGUUGGUCUUUUGUUAGGUGAAAAAACGGCAGACAUCGCCUUUAUCUUGUUUUUUUUCUAUCCCAAACGGGUGAAUUCGUGGCACAACAGUGAACAGUGGUGUGUUGGUGUUUUUCUGUUUGCUUGCGAGGGACGGUUGCUUAGGAUUUUGUCCCUUUCAGGAACGGAACGGAAGGCGUUUGCCAACGAAUCUGAAAAAAAGAUUGAACCGUAAUUGAAUCAUUCCUGCCGAGUCACGCUUCGGGCCUUCCAUCAUCCGCUAUGGGAGUGCCGAGAAACCGAAGCUUCAGAACCAGCACCAGUGCACCGGUGCUCCGAAUUCGCCAUUCGUCGCGUCCUCCACGGAAUAACGAUACUGUCAGUAACAGCAGCAACAGCAGCAGCAGCUGUAGCGCACGGAACGGUGCUGUGGAUGUCACUUCCGUUUUCACCAACAGCACAAGUAGUAAAAGUAGCAGUAGAAGCAUCAACAGCCAACUCGCCAUCCGAACCCGCCAUUCGUCGCAGUCAAGCAGUCAUUCCUCAUCCUUCUCCCCCUCAGCAGAUAUGAUGAUCUCAACGCGAAGCUGGCAAAGUUCCCGGCCCAUCAGCGGUCCUUUACUGAUGUUCGUCGUCGCAUUGCUCAUUACCGUAUUUAGCAGUAGUGUCCUGCUGGUGCAGGCCGAACACAUCCUGAAGAUCCACACGACUGAGUUUUCCAAUAUUAGCGAAACGCCCAAAUAUGUCAGCUCAACGGCGUACAACGCCCGCGGAAUGGCUCCGUUGUACAACAUUACCAGUCUGGUGACGAAACUUUUUGUCAGUACGGCACCGGUUCCGGAAGGCUAUCUCAUUGUCCGGGAAGGUGACAUCCAACCGGGACCGAAUGUGCAGGAAAACAAUUGGGGACCGCUGCUGCGGGAGUACUGGGCCGUGCUGCUGGUGGUGAUCCUCUGCGUCCUGCUGAUCGUGCUGAUGCCCUUCAUCGGCUUGUGUUUAUGCUGCUGUCGGUGUUUUGGCGAAUGCGGUGGCCGCACGCAGCCCUUCGACAAGAAACACGACACCUGCCGACGGGUGCUGCUGGGUUUGGUUUUGAUCUGCACCACAUCCUCGCUGGUGUUUGGCGUUGUGGUAGCCUAUGCCACCAAUAGCUACCUGCAGCACGGUGUGGAGAACAUCACGACCUCGGCACGGCACGGUGUGGACGACACACGUGAGUUCCUGCAAACGACCUCGCGACAAAUUUCGCAACUGCUGGACACCAACUAUCAAGAGCUGAGCGUCCAGCUUAAAAGGACACUGAACGAAGCCUCGGACAUUAUUAUCCAUCGAUUGGAGGAAGAAUCGAAGGCGGAAAAACUGACGACGUUGAACGAAUUCAUCGAGCAGCUACCGACUAUCAAGCAGGACCUUGACCGAAUGACAUUGUUAACCAAGGAGCUGCGAGUGAAUGCUUCCCAACUGAAUGAUGGACUUCGAGGCGUCAAGCGUGAAUUGCUUGCCUCCCUGACCAAAUGUAAUACCAAGGAUUGUGUUGACAUCAUGGAGAAGUAUAAAAUUGGACGUUUGGAUACCAACGGAAUCGAUUACAACUCGAUACAAGACAGAUACUUCCCAAGGCUACCGGAUUUGACAGAUAUCACAAAUAGUGUAGCGGAACUGCUCACCGGAAAUAUCGAACAUGCCGUCAAGGAGGGCGUAGACCAGUUGGACAAUCUGAAGAAAACGUUGAAGCAAACCGUCCGGGACAAUAUUCCACUGGUGACGGCAGCGGUGGAUUCUACCGGACGAGCCAUCAAAUCCGCUUCGAACAAGUUGACAACGCAGUUGAACGGGGCAUCGAACACCAUCGGCAAUAAUACCUAUAAACACCUGGACACGGCCGAUGAUUACAUUGCCCAGUACGGAAUCUACCGCUAUUAUGUCGGAUUGGCCAUCAGUUCGGUGUUGCUGCUGAUUUUAAUGUGUCUCGUGUGCGGUCUGCUAUGCGGAAUAUGUGGCAAACGACCCGAUGGCUAUGGUGACGAUUGCUGCAACAAAGGCGCGGGAGGUCGAUUCUUGAUGUUUGCCGUGGCCAUCAUUUUCCUAACAUUCUCGGUGAUGCUGGCGCUAAUGCUAGUUUCAUUUUUGCUGGGAAGCGUCGCUCGCCGAGGGGUUUGUGAUUCGCUGAAGCAACCUAGGGAUAGUCAAAUAAUCGAGUAUAUGGACACCUAUUUUAACUUCAACAAGCAAUACGAGCAAAUCCGAACGCAGAGUGCUCGGUCCGAGUGGAAGCUGCAAUCAACAAACCGAGACGUGGAUCCUAUUCACAUAGUGGAAGUUAUUGAAUCUUGCAGCGCUAAUAAUUCGGUUUAUAAGGUUCUCAAAUUAUCAAACUUCUACGACAUCAAAGAGAUACGACAAUUUCCGGAGGAUUAUGGAAUCGUUCGAGAACUGAAUACUCUCCAGAAGAAAAUCCAAAUCGACAAGGUCGUCAUUCUGGGCGAUGAAGCCAAGGCCGAUAUCGAAAAGCUACAGCAUUCGGAACUGAACCAGUUCGAAGCGUACAAAUUUGUAGACAAUCUCACACCGAACAUAACACAAAGCAACUUGAACGAAAUUGCCGACAAACUGCGGGACGUAGCCAACAAGCUAUCCUCGAGCAAGGAUGUAAACGAGAUUAAAGUCAGCUUGAAAAAUCAAGCGCUUCACUUAUCCUCCUACCAAUCUAAUCUAGUCGAUCCGAUGUUGCGCUCUACCAACGAGCUGGUUAGCCUGUCAACGACGUUGGACCGGAACCUGAAGUUCGGAAAGCCAUCAUUCGGAGAAGCGAUUGGUGAUUUCCUCACGGAAAUCAAGAAUGCCGAAGAGUACAUCAACGAUCAGGGGCAACCGUUCGUGGAGAAGGUCGUCGGAGAGCUCAUCGAUGGUUUCCUCAGUCAGAUUCAUUCCUACCUGGAGCUGGUGAUUGAGCAUACCACCAAGGAAAUCGGUCGCUGUGGUCCACUGGCGAAUGUGUACCAAUCGAUGACGGUGGCCACGUGCAAUCGGGUCGUGGACCCAUUCAAUGGCUUCUGGGCUGGAGUCGGCUGGUGUUUAGCCAUUUUCCUGCCAACCAUCGUACUGUGCGUGAAGCUAUCGACGCUCUACCACAAAUCCGAUCCCUAUCCCGGACCGCUAGUCGAAUCAGAGUAUUUGUACGAUGCCUACAGUGAACGAGACAAUAUACCACUAGCGAGUGGACCAAAGAACAAACGUCGUAAGAAGAACGAUCGUCGUCGGGAUUCCCAUGAUCGACGUGACGUGUACUACGAAGACGGCAGUCCUUCGGGAGGACACAGCCGGGAACCCAGAUAUAACGACAUGGCACCAAAUCCAGUGUCUCAAAUGCCAUCAAUACUAACCACUAGCAGUAGUAAGGAACGUGAAAUGUCCUUGAGUCCACCGGAUUCUCCGGACGUUGGCAUGUCGUCUCUGAAGAUGGCAAGUCGUCCUCCGUCACCGAACCGGCUGCUCAGUCGGCUAUUUCAACGGUCGUUUUUCGAAGAAUUCCAGAAAAUUAACAGGGAUAGCAAGUACCGACGAGCCGGCGACGAAGAAGAAACCCAAUUCGGCUGGGGUCAAAGUGCAAGCCGUAGCAAUAGCAGUAUUGGUUCGGUCGGGAUUUUGGCAACCCGUACUCCGUCGCCUCUCGACUUUCGGGCGAUUUCGUUCCGCCGACCACGGUCACUGAUCGAUGAUCUCGACAGAGGAAAACCAGACGGACGACGGACGUCUUCGCGGGCAGACGACGGUCACGAGCGGUACUGAUGUUAAAGACACAAUACAAUGUAGCCGACUGAACCAGAAAGAUCGCCAAUCGCGAGCUUCCAAAACUUAAUUAUCAACUAACAAAACAGGAACUGGGACGGUGCUCCUCCACGCUACCAGAAUCCUCCGAUGGCUCCACCGGCAACCGAAUACGAGCGUCCACCACCCUACUACUAUCCGGGAGCUCCCAGCGAGCAUGAGUAAACCGAGUCGAACCAGUGUUUGUUUUUUGUCUCUGUUUUGCUCGAGAGAUUAUGGAGAUUUGCUGCCAAACAAAAAAAAGAAAUGAUACUUGAUAACAAAACAACAUUUUUAACUGAACAUGAACUGCUGCGCGAGUACUGACGAAGUUUUCUAGGAGUAGUAGUAAUUCCGACCCGGAUAGGAUGCCUCACCGCAGCGACGGAAACAGCCUGCCUUUCCGCUGUUUAGACGAUAAAAAAAUAACCAUUUUUUUAAAUGGAAACUCCUGUUUUUUCCCCACAACUUGUAUCUAGCAAAAUGUAUUUUCCUAUAUUACUGUCAUUACUAUUAAUUAUACUAGACGUCAUUGCUGGCCCAAUUGGAAUCCUGUAGCUGAUUGUUUAUUUUAUUGAAGGUAAAUGUAUAAAGCGGAACAAAAAAAAACGGUUUAUAUCCAUUCCAAAAAUUUGACUGCUUAGGACAUGCAUUUGCUCAACGCGAAACGGAAACGCGAGAAAUGGACCCCUCCCUUUUUUUGAGUAGCAAAGUGCGGCAUGAGAUUAUUGCACAGAAGACCAAAUAAAAUCGAGUUUGUUGAAUUUGAAAACUGCCAUCGUUAGUCCUAGAACCACUAAGUAACCUCUAAACUAAUUUCUAACACAACAAAAAAAAAAUACUUGAAUGCUCACACAUCAAAUACGAAUUCUGUCUGUUCGAAAAAAAAAAAAACUAAAUCUUGAUGUGCACAGAAAUCGAAAAACAUCACAUUUCAAUACUUCAACCAAUAACUCACUCGUAUCAAAAUGAUGUAUCACAUACCUAGUGUAAUCUAAAUCAAUUCUAGCGAUGAUAUUAGUGUGGGAUUCGGUUAAGUGGUCCUAACCAACCAACCAACCAACCAACCAAAACAAAACAACCAACCAAUCAAGCCAAUAACAGUUAAAUAAGUAACAUUUGCUCCCAUUGAUUAGCAGUCGUUUGUGGGGACUAAUUUGUAAUUGAUUUUUUUUUGUUUGUUUUCGAUAUGCGUGGGAAACGGAUAGUAGAUAAAAGGCUGAUUAGCUCGUAGAUGAACUGAAACAUGUGAAUGGAAGAUCUGAAGGUUGACUAAAAGUUCAAUUGGUACGCACGAAACAAACCUGUAAUUUGUGAUUUAAUUAGUUAAAAAAAAGUCCCAUAAUAGUUGCUAUACAGUACUUUUAUUAAGCGUUGUAGGGUUCAAAUGAAAUCUCAAACCCUUCUCACGAAGAAAUCCAUCGGCGCCCACUUUUACUGGAAGUCGCUGCUUUGCAGUUACACAAUAUUUGUUCCGAGUGGUUUAAAUUCGGAGUAACAAAAUCGAUCUAGUUGGCAGUAUAAUUCUACUGCAGUGACUACUAGCCAAAACCUAGCAAAAUUUGACUUUUUCCUUAUGCUUACAGAUGAACGACAAUAUACUAUGCUUUUUGAGGAAAUUUUCGAUGUAAACUUCGGAAGUCAUCGUUGACGAUGCUGACGAUGAAUGAUUCCGUUUUCAAGCCAAAACAACAAAUCGCGAACUUCAAUCUUCCCGGCAAAUCCUCGCAUCCAGUGGUGAUUGUUAUUUAAAAGUUUUUUCAUUGACAUAAAAUAAACGAAAAUGACGAGAAAUAAAUGUCACUCUCAGCUUCGCAGUCGCAAAUUAUGAAAACGAGUUCCAGGUCUCGACAUAAGCAAAACCAUAGUGUCAAAAUUGUGUUCCUUCUUUCAUUUUCCCUUUCAGUCAUUUAUGGGCAGAGAUGCCAGGUCUGCAGAUUUGUCUGCAAAUCUGCAGAUUUCGUAUGAAGUGCUGCAGACAUUUUUUGUUGCAGAUUUUUUUUUUCAAACUUCUGAAAAUCCGGUUUUUCGCAGACUUUUGUUAAAAUUUACAGAAUUUUCAAUUGGCCUGUUUUUUUUUUGCUCACCAAGCCAGUCUUGUGUGUCAUAUUUUAUAGAGAAAUGAAAGUCCGUCGACAUUGUCUCGAAUUCACAGACUUUUGCAAACCUGUCUGAAGAUAUUGGAAAUUUUUGCUUGUCAUCUAUUCCUUUCACCAGAGAUGCCAGUAUUGCAGAUUUCGUAGAAAGUGCUGCAUACAUUAUUUGUUGUGCAGACUUUAUAAAAUCGAGGUUUUCGCAGACUUUCGUAAAAAUUUGCAGACUUUUGAAAUUAUCGCGACCUUUUUUUGUUUUUUUGUUCGCCAAGUCAGUUUAGCGUAUCAUACUUUAGAGAGAAAUUGCUGCCAGAAAGACAUAUUUGAUGACUGCAGAUUUUUUUUCGGAAAUACAGACUUUUGCAACCCUGUCUGAAAAUUUUGGAAAUUUUUCCCUGGCAUCUAUGCUUUUCACACUCUGGGUCUUUUUGUAGGUUUUGAGCACUCGAAAAACUGAUGUUUUCAGCAUUUUCAGCACUUUAGUCAGCAGGCUACUACGGAUUUUCCCGGUGUUUUUGAGUAAUAUUUUCUCUUCUUUCGAGCUCUAUUUGACAUUCGUUCUGAACGCGACCGACUACUUUGAUCCAAUUUGAACCAGUUGUUCUUCACGAUGGUGAAUGAACAGGUGACGAGAAUGUCCUAUGUUGUGAAUGUGGUUGGCAUUUUGUUUUUUUGUAAAAACAAGAAGAUAUUGGGAAGAAAAGUGUAAACAUUGAGCGUUUCAGGGUCAUCCGUCGAAUCAUGUCCAGUUGCUAGAACCGAGAGCAAAGUUUAAUUUCAUAGUUCCCAAGGAGGGAAUACUUGAUAACUUGAAAAAAUCAAACUACAUACCCAAAAACACCACAUAUUAGCUCUGAAAUAGAAUUUUGAGCCAUGUUUUGUUCCGAUGUUUACUUGCGACGAUCCCGACGCCGUUUUCGCUUGUGAAAACUGAAACUGACCCAGGGUAGUUUCAUCAAACAAACUCAUUUUUCACGAAACUGUGUUGGGUUCGCAUUUAGCAACGGGGGUUUGAUCAAACCUGAUAUAAAUAUCAGGUUUGAAACUGACUUGAUUUCCAGUUCACGUAACGUUAAAGCUAGGUUCGAAACAAGUUUCAAACAAACGGUUUGACAGCAGUUAGGGUUCGGUUAUUAUUUAUUUUGUGAGAAAAUUACAAAUUAAUUCUACAUCGUGACUGUUCUCCGUUGGAGUGUAAACAAAUCACUGUCAAAGCAGUUCGAGGGGCAUACCAAUGUACUUUUAGUCAGCCUUUUAUUUUAGCGCAAAUUGAAUUGUCAAAUCUUUUGUUAAUGUCGGUUAGAAAGCAGUUUAGUUUCUUUUUUUUGUUAAAUUACUCGUAAUUUAAAUUCAGAUAGUUUCACUCGCCAUUCGCUUGUAGUUUAUUAAAAAAAAGCUGCACUAAAAAUGGAUAAAUACUCAUUUUUUAAUGAUCCUAUUCACAACAAACACGUCUUAAAAACGGCUUCAGCCACAACACUAGCUAACAAGUAACAAUCGGAAGUUUACUACGAGUAAGAGAAUUAGUCAAUCCACGUCACUUGAUCAUAACUUUUAGUAAACACACUCACACACAGACCGAAGUAGACGAACGUUGGUGGUUCCAAUCGCCUUUUGGACCCGAACGUGUGUUCGUGUUCUGGUGUUGGUUGGUCGACGCGCAUUUAAAUUUUACUUUAGUGUAGUACCAAGCCACAUAUAGCCAGGUUAGAUACCGCGAGAUAAGAAUGCAGAUCUGCCCAGCAAAAGCAAAACGAGGGGCGAUGGUUUAUAUUUUCUUUCAUUUUUUUUUACUUAUUGAAUAGAAAGCGUUCGUACGAGGAAAGCUCUUCAAUUCGCAUACAACAAGUAAAUUGAUAAAAGACUUUACAUACUUUAAUUGUAUCUAUCAAUGUGAAAUAAAAACAAACAAUUUUAAACGUGUAAAAAUACAAUAAACUAUCUACAACCCGAUCAUCAGUUUAGAUGUUCAAUCAAGUGCGAGUUUUUAAUGCUAUAAUGUAAAGCACGAAAAUCAUCUGCAUCAAUGGUAACUAAUACGUGUCUUUUGCUAAUGAUCAGAGAAAAUAAGAAGGUCAAAAAGGUUGGAAACUCAAGAAAUAUAAAAGUGCUAAACGGUAA